GAGGUCCUGCAGACUGAGAGGUGGAGAGCUGCGGUCUGCAGGAGGAGGAGGAGGUUGGAGGAGCCAGGGGUUCGAGAGGCACCAACGCAUCGCUUUCUACUGGGCUUUUUGUUCUAUUAAGUUCCGAACAUUAUCUUAUUCCAUGGAAUGAGGAAAAACUCGGGACAUUGGACAUCUAAAUCUGCUUCUUCAUCGGCAGUCGUGAAGGGAUUUUAAAGGUUGUGAAGGACGAGUCCAGUGAAUGAAGAUCAGUCCAUCAGCAGAAUGGGUGGCGGAAAGGUGUUGUGGAUUGGCGUGGCGGCGGCUGCCAUCACCUUCUUUAUAAUUAUCCCGGUGGCAGUUCACCUGAACAGAGCUAAUGAUGCUAAUAAAAGGUCCUACACCCUUGACGACUAUUUUAAUUCCACCAUCAAAUGGAAAUCCUAUAAACUACGAUGGAUCUCAGAUAACACUUAUCUUCAUAAAAGGGAAGGAAAUGUGUUCCUCUACAACGUUGAAACCAAGGAGGAGUCUCUGUACCUGAGCAACCUCACGUUUGCCAGCGUGGACGCCAUAGACUACCUGCUGUCAGGGGAUCAGAAGUACGUCAGCCUCGAGAGCAACUACACCAAGCAAUGGAGACACUCCUACACUGCCUCCUACUCCAUCUUCAGCCGCGACAGCUCAACAUUCCUGACUUUUCCGGAUAUUCCAGAGAAAGUGCAGUACUUCAGUUGGGCGCCCACCGGGAACGCAUACGCUUACAUCUCAGACUUCAACAUCUACCUGACGGCUACCGUGACCUCUGAACCCGUCCAAGUGACCUUCAACGGAAAGAAGAACGAGAUCCUGAACGGAGUCCCCGACUGGGCGUACGAGGAGGAGGUGCUGGCCUCCAACGAGGCUGUGUGGUGGUCGACCUCCUCCCGCUUCCUGGCCUUCCUGCAGAUCAAUGACAGCCAGGUGCACAGUGUGGAGUUCACCUUCUACGGCUCAGAGCAGUACCCUGUAACCAGAGCUGUCCCCUACCCAAAGGCCGGCUCCACCCUGCCGCGGGCCCGGCUGCUGGUCGUGGAGGCGGCGGACCCUUCUAGACUCAGUGAGGUCGAGCCCCCCGAUGCCGUCACCACCGGCGAUUACUUCCUGAGCUCAGUGACCUGGGUGACGGACGAGCGCGUCGCCGUCCAGUGGCUCAACCGACGGCAGAACCACGUCCACGUCCAGAUCUACGACUCUGAGGGGGACCGCUGGAGAGAGGGGCAGAGCUUCGUCCAGACCAGCGGGACGGGCUGGGUGGGCCAUUACUCCCCGCUCCCCCUGUUCUUUGCGGCGGACAACAUUAGUUUCUACAAAGUGAUGAGCGACUCGCUGGGCUACAAACACAUCCAUCAUGUCAGAGACGGCGUUGCUGUCCCAGUCACUUCAGGCCAAUGGGAGGUCAUCUACAUAACCAAACUCACCACAGACGCCAUAUAUUAUAUAAGUAACGAACACAACGCACCAGGGGUGAGAAAUGUUUAUAGGCUGGGCAUCGGGAGCAGCGUGGCCCCGCCCCACUGUCUGAGCUGUGACGUGAGGAGGGAGCGGUGUCAGUACAGCUUAGCCUACAUGAGCGCCAACGCCUCCUACUGCCGCAUGGACUGCUACGGCCCGGGGCUGCCCAUCUUCACCCUGAGGGACAACAGAGGACCCGGAGAAGAGCUGAAGGUUCUGGAGGACAACUCAGAGAUCCAGAGCCUUCUGGAUCAGUUCCACCUGCCCACUGUGAGGCGAGGCACACUGAAGAUCGCAGGGUUUGAUCUGUGGUAUCAGAUGUUGCUGCCGCCAAACUUCAAGAAGUCCCAGAAGUAUCCUCUCCUUAUCGACGUGUACGGAGGCCCCUGCAGUCAAAAGGUGGACUAUGGCUUCCGGCUGAACUGGGGCACCUACCUGGCCAGUACCGAGGGCAUCAUAGUGGCCAGCUUCGAUGGGAGGGGAAGUGGAUAUCAAGGAGACCACAUCAUGCACUCCAUCUACAAGCGGCUCGGCACCUACGAAGUUGAGGACCAGAUGACCGCCGUCAG